UUUUGGGGGACAUACUAUUUAUCAGGGCAUAGCAUUGUACGCCGUUCGGCGCAUUUACGCCGACUUGACUUCUGACUUACGCCGAUUUCGAAGUAGCGUACGCCGAUCGCGCUCGCCUCGUCAGUAGCACAUUUUGUACUCAAACGGUCUCCGGUUCCCAAACGGUCUCCGAUUCUUGCAUUUUGUGUUACUUCCUUUGCGCGCCACACGUGUUGGCUUUAGUCAGUUCUUACGCUGCGCGGCAUUUGCGAGUACAAAGAAAAAAGCUUGUGAAGUGUGGCACUUACCUUCAAGAGAAAAUGCCUGUAAACAACAAAGUGCUGAAGAUCUGCUCUGUACUAGAUCCUAUCAUGAGGAACACAACGCAGGCAAGACAACUGCUGGGCCAGAUUCCUUCAAGGACAAACUUAGUGCAGAAUGACCAGGACACAGUGGAUAGAUUUCACAGGGAGGUGAACAAGUACACCUACGACGUGAGUCCAAGCAGUGCCUCAGAAGAUGCACCUGUGGAUGUGUGGUGGGGUGGAGUUUCGCAGGACAGGUUUCCUCUCCUGUGUGCAGCAGCAAAAGCCUUGCUCAGUUGCUUCCAUGGCCCAAUUGUGGAAUCCACCUUCAGCGAGAUGGGAAAGAUCCUGUCCAAGGAAAAGACCAACAUGGAUGUUGACACAUACAUGGCCAUGCAGACUGUGAAGUCAAGACUGGCUACAGCCAAGAAAACAGCAGUGGAGUACUUUGCUAAGGCAGACCCCAUCAAAGAACCUGUGAGCAAGCAGCUAGUUGAGAACAUGAGGAAUGCUUGGAUUGACAAUGAAGAAAGAAAAGCCACAAACCAGGAAACCAGGAACAAACUUUGCCAUGAAAUGGGCUUGGAACCUGAUCAGAAACUGCCGUCUAAAGCAAAAGAAAAAAGGAAAAUACUGGAUGAAGCAGUGCUCGAAAGAAAAUCUAGCAAGAAGCAGAAAACAAACAGCCAGAAUGACAAUCCUGACCAAGAAAGGGUUGUCAACGGCCAGAAAGCAGAUGCUGUCAAGGAUAAUGUUGUCAACAGCCAGGAGGAUGCUGGGGAGGAUAUAUCUGACCAAUUAGUUGAUGUGGCAGUUGUCGCAGACAAACCAAAGAAGCAAGCAAAGCUGUCUUCAUUCUUUAGAUUUGACUGUGCAUAGAAAAGAAAACAAUGCAAACUGAUAUUGUGACAAUUCCUGCUAGUUUUAUUGACAGCCUAGUAAAGUGUCAAGGAUAAUGAAGAUGCUAACCAAGGAGUGAAUGUUGUCAGCAGCCAGAAGGGUGCUGGGGAGGAUAUUCAAAACGCUGACCAAGUAGUUGAACAUUGUGACAGUUGUCGCAGACAAACCAAAGAAGCAAACAAAGCUGUCUUCAUUCUUUAGUUUUGACAGUGCAUAGAAAAAAAACCAACGCAAGCUGAUAUUGUGACAAUUCCUGCUAGUUUUAUUGACAGCCAAGUAAAUAAUUAUAUAAGUAUAAUUUGUGUGUGUGUGUUUCAUUGGUCCCAAUGGAUUUAUGUUUGGUAUACAUGUGUGUGUGUGUCUUGUUAAUGUUAUUGUGAAUGAAAAUAUUUGCAAAACGUUGCAGGAAAAGGGUGAAAUUAAUGCUUCAAAAACUGAAAAUCUUUCAGCUGACCCCCCAGUAGGGGUUUUGCCCCUACACCCCACCAGGGGUACGUCGGCCCCUGGACCCCGACCCUGUAAGCGGAACUCAAGUUUUCCAAUGCUAUGCCCUGA